UGCUGCCGGAAAUUACGUCAGUGCAGACCAUAACAUGGCGUCUGGAAUGGCUGUGAGGGCUGCAGGAAAACACAAUGUUGGAAUCCGGUCGGAGAGCGGGCUGAUUUAGAGGCGCGGGCGGGCUGAAGGGUGACCGGGGGCGAUGAGGGUUCGGGCGGAGCCGGUGUGAGGCAGCGCGCCGCUCCAUGUCGGAGGGACCCCGGGCUGCGUGGUCGAAGCGGGGCUGCGCGGAGUCCCACCGCCGAGGACUGAGGGAUACAAAUAUCUAAGCUUUCUCCCAAUUCCUCAGACCUUGUCCCAACAAUCAGCAGCCAUGGACUCCUCUAAGCAGCUGUCCAGCAUUCUGAAAAUAGCAGGGGAAGCACAAGCAAAGGAAAUGUGAGCGGCCCCUCAGCACGCUGUCAGCGAAGCCGUCGAUCGGCCAGGAGGCCGCCAAAAGGUGAAUACCUUCAGAAAAGAGUAAUUUUUCUCUGCGGACACAAGGGGCACUGUCCUCUGAUUGGCUCGGACACCCUCCUGUGACAUGCCCGUGGCCAAUCAGAGUAGGUGCCUGAUGGCGGGAGAUGUAGAGGUGUACCUUUCGCAGGUACAUGAUGGGAGCGUGUCCUCGGGCUUCCGAGCCCUGUACGAGGAACGCCUGCUGCUGGAUGUCACACUGCUGAUAGAAGAGCACCACUUCCAGGCGCACAAGGCCCUGCUGGCCACGCAGAGUGACUACUUUCGGGUCAUGUUCACGGCAGACAUGCGGGAGCGAGACCAGGACAAGAUCCACAUGAAGGGGCUGACGGCAGCCGGGUUCGGUCAUGUUCUCCGCUUCAUGUACUACGGCUCCCUGGAGCUGAGCAUGCCUACGGUGCAGGAGAUCCUACAGGCCGCCAUGUAUGUACAACUCACUGAGGCCGUGGAGUUCUGCUGCUCCUUCCUUCUGGCUAAGAUCUGCCUGGAGAACUGUGCCGAGGUCAUGCGUCUGCUGGAUGACUUCAGCGUGGGUGUGGAGGGCGUGCAGGAGCAGCUGGAUGCCUUUCUGCUGGAGAACUUUGUGCCACUGAUGAGUCGACCUGACUUUCUGUCCUACCUGAGCCUGGAGAAGCUGAUGGCGUACCUGGACAGUGACCAGCUCAGCCGGUUUCCUGAGAUAGAGCUGUACGAGGCUGUGCAGUCCUGGUUACGGCACGACCGGCGUCGCUGGAGACACACGGACGCUGUGGUACAGAACCUGCGCUUCUGCCUCAUGACCCCCACACAAGUGUUUGAAAAGGUGAAGACCUCUGAGUUUUAUCGUUACUCCCGCCAGUUGAGGCAAGAUGUGGACCAGGCGCUGAACUACUUUCAUGCUGUGAACGAGCAGCCGUUGGCUGAAACCAAGGCGAACCGUAUCCGGUCGGUACGGCCGCAGACAGCCGUAUUUCGGGGCAUGAUCGGCCACAGCAUGGUGAACAGCAAGAUCCUGCUUCUGCAUCGACCAAAAGUGUGGUGGGAACUGGAGGGUCCGCAGGUGCCUCUUCGCCCAGACUGCUUGGCUAUUGUCAACAACUUCGCUUUUCUGCUGGGAGGGGAGGAGCUUGGACCGGAUGGAGAGUUUCACGCCUCGUCCAAGGUGUACCGAUAUGACCCCAGGCAAAACUCCUGGCUAAGGAUGGCUGACAUGUCUGUGCCGAGAUCGGAGUUUGCUGUUGGUGUUAUUGGAAAGUUCAUUUACGCUGUGGCAGGUCGCACACGGGACGAAACGUUUUACUCCACGGAGCGUUAUGACAUUGCGGAGGACAAGUGGGAAUUUGUUGACCCGUAUCCAGUCAACAAGUACGGUCAUGAAGGCACAGUACUGAACGGCAAACUCUACAUCACUGGCGGCAUCACCUCGUCCUCCACCUCCAAACAGGUGUGUGUUUUUGACCCUGGGCGUGAAGGGGCAUCUGAGCACCGUACACGCCGAACUCCCAUCAACUGCUGGGAAAACAAAUCCAAGAUGAACUACGCUCGCUGCUUCCACAAAAUGAUCUCCCACAAUGGGAAGCUUUAUGUGUUUGGCGGAGUGUGCGUUAUUCUGCGAGCGUCAUUCGAGUCGCAGGGCUGUCCGUCAACGGAAGUGUACAAUCCGGAAACGGAUGAGUGGACCAUCCUGGCAUCCAUGCCUAUCGGCCGUAGUGGCCACGGAGUGGCGGUCCUGGACAAACAGAUCAUGGUGCUGGGUGGACUUUGCUACAAUGGCCAUUACAGCGACUCAAUACUGACCUUUGAUCCUGAGGAGAACAAGUGGAAGGAGGACGAGUAUCCCAGAAUGCCUUGCAAACUGGACGGUCUGCAGGUGUGCAGCUUACACUUCCCAGAGUACGUACUCGAACAUGUCAGACGCUGCAGCUGAGGGUGCGUUUUGCUAUGUGAUGGUCAAAAAGGGGAAAAAAAAGAAAAAGUUUACAGAUGUGAAAAUAGUACUAAAAUACUGAAUUACUGAUGCUUUUUAAAAAAACAGUAGGCCAGUUGCUUAUGUAAGAACAAAACCACAAAAAACAUACUUUUUAGGUCUUAUUGGUAGAAUGGGGUGGGUUAAUACUGGUGGUUAAGCUGAACAUUUUGCCCCCUGUUAGCUUUCUCAUUUAAAGGGGACGCAAACAAUGAAAGUUCCUGUGAGUUUAUGAUGAUUUUGGCUCCUAAAUCAGUCAGUUCUAUACUCGUAAUGUCCUAUAUGACCAUUUCCACCAUGUAGUUUGUUGUGAAGUCAUGCAGUUUCCCUUGUCUUCUGUUCUAAUGGUGUUUGAGGAAGUGCACUGUACAGGUAUGAUUGUGUUCAUACGGCUAAGGCAGAUUUCGGAACUGAACAUCUGAAACUGGGAUCAGGCUCUUGCUGUAAAUCUCAUAAAGAAAACCAAGUCAGCUUAUUAUAUUUUUCCUCUUUAAAGGGGAACUACACCAAUUUUGCAAGAUUUCUGUGUAAUUCAGGGGCUGAGACGGUCAUUUGGAGUGGGUUAGGUUUGAAACGUUUUUUUUUGUGGUGGUGGUGGUGAUAGGAACCUGGAGCACCAUGACAAAAACACAAAUAUGGCCAUUUUAUUGGGUGUCCAUAGCCACCAGUGAACCUACAUAUGUCUUAUAAAUGUGAUUUAUAUGAUGCUGAGAAGGUUAAACAGCAACUCUCAAAAGCCUUUCAAAACUAUGGUAAAACAGUGUCUUAGACAUUCACAGAUAUUCAUUACCAUUGGUUUAAAAAACUUUUGGUGAGGUAACUUUUAGACUCCAUUCACCACCACAUCAAACAGUUUUAGCUCCAUGUUUUUUCUUUCUUUCGUUUCACACCAAACUCUCUCUGAACGAAUUAAUUUACAUUAUGCAGAAAUUGUCCUUUAACAAGCCUUCUUAAGCGCAUUCCCCUUGACGUUAGCGAUGUGAAGAGCCUUGGGUUAUGAGAAAAAAAUUCUGCUAAUGCUUAUGAUUUUAACACUAACGAUGAUACUGACAAAUGUUGCACUCUAAAGGGCGUUUCUUGCCGCUCUGCAAUAACACUGGUCCGAUGGAGCAGAGUAAAGGGGAUAUGUGGAUAUGUGUAUGUAUCUCCUUUCCAAAUCUCUGCCAACUAUAUUUAUGCUGUAUUGCUGUUUAAUUUAUUAAAAAAUCUGGUGGGGGACUCUCCUGGAUCCCACCAGGACGAACCAGCUGCUGUUUUCAUUUGUCUUGCUCAUAUUGUGUUCCAUGAGCAAAAGGGCUAAAGCACAUAUGCAUUUCUUUUUUUAUUAUUUUGUUAUUAUUUUUUGGCCAAACUCUUGUCAAGAAAAUGUCUUGGUUUAAUGUUUAAUGAAAGAUCUUUUUAAAGGUACAUUUCAUGAAGAGUCUGUAUUUGACACCAUGAUGCCAUGUAAUUAAUCAGCUCAAUUUAAACAGAAUACUGUUAUUGCGAGAAUAUAACUACCUCUUUUGAUUAGAAUACAUGCAACAGUAUCUCGCAUGUGGUUCAAAAUCCAUCUGCAUUAUAACCAAUAUCAUGAAAUGGGUUUCAUAAUAUUAGGGAUGCACAUUGACUGUGGUAUCAUUAAAAAAUGGUAAAAAAAGUAUUUGUGACUAAUGUCUGUAUUGGACCAGUAUUUGUAUGCAGAUAUUUGAUGUGCGUUAACUAAACUCAACUACUGCACUAAAUAUCUGCAUCUUGUGCAUAACAACUGUUCCAAUUUUCUGUAAUGUUGAUCCAGUUAAUUCUAUUGCUAUUUUGUACAUUUUAUGCAACAUUUAUAUACAGAAAUCCUUUUCAGUUACAGUAAUGUGCAACAGGACUCUAAGGCACUGAUAAAAUGGUUUAAAAGUUAGCAGUUAUUGUGCUUCUACUGUAUUUACAAGUUUUAUAUAACAUCAUAAUAAACUUAAAUAAAUAUUCAAUAUCAGCUGUCAAAAUUAGAUUUUGGUUAGAAAAACACAAGUUUGGUCACUAUAUGAGUUCGUUCAGUUUCACCAGCAACUCACCUAAAUAGAUUAAUCAGGGGCUGAUUUACAGACCAUAUCAGUGCAUCCCAGUAUAGAUGCAGGUGUCAGCUGAUUCAUGUGCUUGGUUGGAGCACUGUUUAUAUAUUACAGCCUUGUGCAGUAUCAGUAUUGUGAAGUAAUAAACUGUUAAUAGCCAGUAUAUGUUACAUGUGACUUUUUAGACUUAGUAAACUCUGUAACUAUACCCAUGAACAGUCUAUAAAACAAGAAAGUCAUAAUCACAACAUGCAGUUUUGAAUGCUUGCAACAUGCACUGCUGUUCAAAUGAGUGGACAAAAUUUAUAAUUGCUAAUCAGUUAUAACUUAUACAGUGUAUAUCGAUUGUUAGAAACUAGGCACCGAAUUGUAAGCCAGUAGAUGAUUAAAUUAUAAGUUUAGUGAAAAAUAACAUAUCCUUUCACAAUAAGCAUAAUUAUGUUUAUAAUAACAGAUUCUUGUCAUAAAACUUCCAGUCUAAAUCCAUUCAUGAUGCAGCAACAUUCUCCGUUAAAUAUUUAAAAACUGCCUUGUUUUUGCAGCUUACUAGACACAGUUUAAAACGUAUAAAGCCUGAUUUCCCAGAUAGGAAUUAGGCCUAGUACUGGACUAUACUGCACUCUAAAUGGGGAUUCCUAAUACAAAGAAAAAAAUGUCUGUUUAAGAAAUCGUCCCAUACAGUAUAAGCCUCAAUCAUUCAUAUUUUUGAUCAUGUAUCUGCAACUAAUUUAUUUUUUUGUGAUUUCAAACAAAGUAUUAUACAGACAAAUGAGUCAUUUUACUGUUCAGUUCAUCCUUAUUGAAUUCAUGAGCUCAUAAAAUGGUGUAUUCUCCAUGGCAUGUACCUUUAACAGGCUUUGUGCUGCAUUUGACGCUUGUUCUUAUCUAAUAGCACUUAAAUCCCAUGUUUUAUGCUAUGCUUCAGUCCUGCCCACCCCCUAUUCUUUGGCUGUGUAUUGACCUUAUAUGGGACUGGUUUAAUCUUCCUCAAAUACUGACUCAUAACCUCAUGUCUCUGUCUUGUGGGUCACUGUGUUUUCUUUUCCUGCAGCCCGUCUCAAUGCCAUGUACAUAUAGAUACCAAACCGCUGUCUCCGAGAGGUUUUCUACUGUGCAGGUGAAGGUGUGCUGCUCUGGUGCGCAGGUGUAUCACAAUUAGAGUUUUUAAACCUCGUCACAUUUAUCCCCCCGCAGAACAAGGCGAGUGAACUAAUCGAGUUUAAUAAUCCAUAGCCCUAUAUCUUAAUUGUACUUGAGCGUAAUCAGAUUGCUAACGUAUUUAUCGUAAUCUGAUGGAUUUACUGCUAUUUGGAGACUUUGUAACUUCUUUCCUGAAAUAAAUGUUCAUAUUGUU